GAGGUUCCAAGCUAUUCCAAUAUGGCGGCCGCUUUGGGUUUAGUACUACAAACAUGUCGUAUUUCCGAGCGUUGUUUGCUGCCUCGUGCUUCCAGAUUGAAAUACUAUCACAAUAUUUUCUUCCGACAGAAUUAUGGGCUUGCAAAACUACGUCUAAUGAACUCCGAAUCGGAACCAGAUGUUCAGAUACCAAAUGGAUUGAAAUAUUUCCAAAUGAGGGCCUACCCAAACAUUUCUCGAAGAGCUUUGUCAGAAAAUUCGACAGACAAUGGACAUCUAUCCAAGGAUGUGGAUUCUGAGGAAGAAGAUGACACUGUGCAUGUUAUUGCGGAAAAUGAAAAAGUAGUUGGUGAAGCCCAAAAGCAUGAAUUCCAGGCUGAAACAAGGCAGUUAUUGGACAUUGUAGCUAAGACACUGUACUCAGAGAAAGAGGUUUUUAUUCGGGAAGUGAUAUCUAAUGCUUCAGAUGCACUGGAAAAGCUACAGUAUCAGUUCAUGACUGGAAAGGAUGUUGCAGAAAGUCAACUUCCUCUUGAAAUCAACAUUGCCACAGAUCAGGAGAAAGGAACACUGACAAUAAAGGAUCAUGGUAUAGGAAUGACAAGAGAUGAACUGUUAGGUAACCUGGGUACUAUAGCCAGGUCAGGAUCAAAAGCAUUCCUUGAUGAGCUUGGAAAACAAGGAAAUGGAGAUUCUAGAGAGAAGAGCAUUAUAGGACAGUUUGGGGUGGGCUUCUAUUCCACAUUCAUGGUGGCAGACAGAGUUGAUGUGUACACACGUUCUUUUUCUCCAGACAGUAAGGGAUUUUUGUGGACAUCAGAUGGAUCUGGCUCAUUUGAGAUUGCUGAGGCAGAGAAUGUAUCUCGGGGAACGAAAGUGGUCAUGCAAUUAAAGGAAGCCUUUAAGAAUUUUUCCCUCAAAACUACAGUUGAAGAUAUCAUAAAGAAAUACAGUAACUUUGUUGGUUUCCCAAUAUAUCUGGAUGGCACAUGCAUUAACACCAUUCAGCCAUUGUGGAUGUUGGAUCCCAGGGAUAUAAGUGCGGAAGAACAUGAGGAGUUUUACCAAUUUAUUGCGAAGACGUAUGACAAGCCAAGAUAUACUCUUCAUUACAAGACAGAUGCUCCUUUAAACAUCCGUAGUAUAUUUUACAUCCCCGAAACUCUUCCACAGUUAUUCACUGUUCAGCAAAUGGAGCAUGGAGUCUCACUUUACAGCAGGAAAGUUCUUAUUCAGUCCAAGGCUCACAACGUUUUGCCAAACUGGCUGCGGUUUGUUAAGGGAGUUGUCGACAGCGAGGAUAUUCCACUUAACCUUAGUCGUGAGCUUCUUCAAGACAGUGCGCUUAUAAACAAGCUCAGUGAGGUGCUAUCGGCUAGAAUUGUCAAAUUUCUUCAACAACAACAAAAGAAGGACAGAGUUAAGUAUGAAAAAUUCUUCAAGGAUUGUAGCACUUUUUUUCGUGAAGGAAUUGUUGGCACUAACAGUGAAGAUACGAAACAAGAGAUAGCAAAACUUUUGCUGUUCGAAUCAUCUCAUGAAAAAACUGGAGUUCUGUCGUCACUGCCUGUGUAUGUGUCACGCAUGAAACCAACUCAGAAGAAUAUCUAUUACUUGUGUGCUCCCAGUCGUGAAGUUGCAGAGACAUCUCCAUACUAUGAGGCGCUGAAGAAAGACGAUGUGGAGGUUUUGUUUACUUACAAUGAACAAGAUGAUAUUGCCCUACACUACCUCAGUAAAUUUGACGGGAAGACUAUCAUGGCUGCCGAGAAUCACUUUUCAGUUGACAGAGAAGCCAAACUGGUUGAGUCAGCGGAAGCAAGUGAAUGUGACCAGUCACCAGAAUCUCUAACAGAAGGGCAAGCAAAAGAGUUAGCAGACUGGAUCAGUGUAAUCCUUGGAAAACAGAAAGUUUCUGUUGUAAAGAUAUCUAAACAUCUGAGUGAGACGAGCCACCCAGCGAUGGUGACUGUACCAGACAUGGUGGCAGCUAAGCACUGGCUCAAAGUUAUGCGAGCGGAGCAGUUCCAAGACAUUGACAAGGCCAAGUAUCAGAUAUUUCAGCCUACACUGGAAAUCAACCCCAGCCACGAAUUAAUCAAAAAUUUACAAAAUGUCCGGUCAGCGAAUAUAGAUCUAGCAGCCCUGGUAGUACAUCAGCUGUAUGACAAUGCCAUGAUGUCUGCAGGACUACUUCACGACCCUCGCAACAUGGUGGGAAGGUUAAACUCUCUGUUAGCUAAAGUGCUGGACUCUUCCAAGUCACAGUCUGAGUAAGCGCAAGUCAGACGGAGCUCAACUGCAAACAAGCUGAACAUUUUUGGUCAAAAAGGUGUUGCCAUCUAUCAGUCAUACGCAGCCGAAUGAGGAAAAGUGGUCUCUUAACAAAUCCAGGUUUUAAAAUCUUACAUUUUUGUGGCAGCACGCUGUAUUACAGGCGUCAAAAAGCAACGUCCAGCCAUGUACAAAAGAAAGUGUAGGAGUCAAUCAGACAGUGAGUUGGUACCUUGUGUGGACAAGAAUAUGUUACGUGUCAGUAAAACACUUAAUGCGUCGUGAGGUUUUUAAAUUUCACAUGAAACAAUCAAGGAACCGACAACUUUUUGGUUUCUUUAUGUAAAGCACUGCUUUCCUUUGAGUAGGUAGUCGCGUAUCGACGAUUAACGGAAAAUGGAAGUGAAGAAAUAUCAUCGGUUCAUAACACUGAUAAAAAUAAAAUGCGAUCUCUUGAUGUCUCUUA